AUGGCGAAUUUGUGUCCACCUUUGAGUGCAGGUGAGGACACUGUUCGAGCUGCACUCGUUGCAGCUCGAGAGCUGGAGGCCGUGGAGAAGCAGAUCCAGGAGCUGUUGGUGAGGCAGACGGAGCUGAGAGAGCGGAGAGCCGCUCUGGAAUCCUCCCGGGUAAGUAUACAGCGCGAUACUAACACUCUGACCACCUCUACUCCGUGUGCUUCUCUGCACAGCUCCCGUGCACCCUGGACGCGAUCUUCCCAGAUGUCCUUCACUCCGGCGCCGGGACACCACGGACCCUGGGUGCAGCAGCAGCGGAAGACGCGAGCCAGGCCCCGGCCGAGGACCUCGCCCCCUCCGCCGCCUCCGGUCUUCGAGAUCUCCACCCGGAACCGCUUCGCUCCCCUCCGCGAGACGGAACGCGACGCUGUGAUCGUCGGAGACUCCAUUGUCCGGUACGUACGUGCUACUUUAGCUAAAGGUAAAGUCCACACCCACUGUUUUCCUGGUGCUCGCGUUCUCGAUGUUUCUGCGCAGAUACCCGCAAUCCUGAAGGACGGCGAGAGCGUCGGCGCGAUCGUCCUGCACGCGGGGGUGAACGACACCAGGCUGCGGCAGACGGAGGUUCUGAAGAGGGACUUCAGCAGCCUGAUCGAGACGGUUCGCAGCACGUCGCCCGCGACGAGGAUCAUCGUGUCAGGACCGCUUCCCACGUAUCGACGUGGGCACGAAAGGCUUUUCCGUGCUGAUGGCCUGCACCCCAGCAGAGUCGGAGCGGAGCUGCUGUCGGACAACAUCUCCAGGACGCUACGCUCCAUUUGACUAGUAAGUACAUUCUCAAAUGAUUGCUACGAUGGCUUUUGUUCU